GCGCUCCGCCACUUUUUUUUUUCUACCCAUUAAUUCUUUCCCCUAUUUUAAAAAUUCUCUCUCGUAGAGAGUAGGAUUCAUCAUGGGUACCGGAAAGAAAGAAGCCACUCGUAAAGAGCGGCAGGGGAAGGUUGGCGAUGGCAUGGGCAAUGUCAAGGUCAAGGGUGAAAAUUUUUACAGAGAUGCGAAGAAGUUGAGGACUUUGAACAUGUUCAAAGAUGGCAAAGCCCAACAUGACGCUGCUGGAAAUGUCACCAAGGCCGCCUCCUACCAAUCCAGAGAUGCCCCCGUUGCUAGGAUCGAACCUCACCGUAAAUGGUUUGGUAACACUCGAGUAAUCUCUCAAGAGGCUUUGACCUCGUUCCGGGAUGCAGUUGCCGAGCGUGCUUCCGAUCCUUACCAGGUUCUCCUCAAGACCAAUAAGCUCCCCAUGAGUCUGAUCAGAGACGGUCAAGGCGUCAAUGGGCUGAAACAGCACGAAGCGAAAAUGGCUAUUGAGACGUCGCCGUACAGUGACACCUUUGGGCCCAAGGCUCAGAGGAAACGGGUCAAGCUUGGUGUGUCGUCGCUCGAGGAUCUGGCUGGCGAGACGUCCAAGAAGCACGAUGCCUACAUCGAGAAGAACGACCAGGGCCUCCAUGAAGAUGGAACCCCUAUUGUUUCGGGAGACACGAACCAGGAGGAUCCUAUGCUUGGUGAACACGCUAUCUCUCGUGAAGCUGUCUUCCUGAAGGGUCAAAGUAAGCGAAUCUGGAACGAGUUGUAUAAGGUCAUCGAUUCGUCAGAUGUUGUCAUUCAUGCACUCGAUGCGCGUGAUCCUGAGGGUACUCGCUGCCGAAGCAUCGAGAAGUAUAUCCGCGAGGAGGCUCCUCAUAAGCACUUGAUCUUCGUGCUCAACAAGUGCGAUCUUGUACCUACGGGUGUAGCGGCUGCUUGGGUUCGUCAUCUGUCUAAAGACCACCCGACUCUCGCGUUCCAUGCUUCGAUCAACAAUUCGUUCGGUAAGGGGUCUUUGAUCCAGCUUCUGAGACAAUUCUCCUCUCUCCAUACCGAUCGUAAGCAGAUUGCAGUUGGUUUCAUUGGAUACCCCAACACGGGCAAGUCCUCUAUCAUCAACACUCUGCGCAAGAAGAAGGUGUGCACUGUGGCCCCUAUUCCUGGUGAAACCAAGGUUUGGCAGUACAUUACCUUGAUGAAGCGCAUCUACCUCAUUGAUUGCCCUGGUGUGGUUCCACCAAACCAAAACGACACCCCCGAAGACAUUCUGCUCCGAGGUGUUGUUCGAGUGGAGAAUGUGGAAAACCCCGAACAGUACAUGCCUGCUAUCCUGAAGCGGGUCCAGCCGAAGCACCUCGAGCGUACGUAUGGUGUCAAGAAUGCCGAGGACCCCAUCGAGUUCUUGAGUAUUCUUGCCCGUAAGGGUGGCCGUCUUCUUCGCGGAGGAGAGCCAGAUCUUGAUGGUGUUGCCAAGAUGGUCAUCAAUGAUUUCCUGAGAGGCAAGCUCCCGUGGUACACUCCUCCUCCUUACACCCCUGCCGAGGGUGCUGAGGGCGAGAAGAUCGAAGGCCGUGAAGGCAGACUCGGAGAGAUGGGCCGGAAGAGAAAGCUUGACGAGACCACGCUGGAGGGCGCUGAGAAAUCAAAGAAAGCCUCUGACAAGCCAGCUUCUGCGGCCGAGGACGAUUUCGAGGGCUUCGACGACAGCGAUGACGAGAAUGACUCGAUUGCCAACCUCGAAAUCAGUGAUGAAGAAAGUGGAGAAGAGAACGACUGAGCUGCGACUUCUGCCGUCGACCAGUCAAUCAUUUGCAACGCAAAGCACACCAAGAUGGACGCAGUUCCUCUCGUGCCGUGAACCGGCAUCAUCCUGGGCGCCCGCCAUCGUUCUUUGACAUGGAUCGUCUUCAACCCGUGAAGCCAAAUCUAUUCUCGGGCUGCAGACUCUCGGAUCCCCCGAAAACCAAGGGGUCGAGAACACCAGGCAAACAAAGCGUCGAUCCAGUCGUGGCAUCCCACGACAUCGGUUGGGCAUGCCAACUACUAGGUUACAGUCUAGGUGCAUAUAGUGGCUCCAGCCCCGAGGGGUGGACUCCUCCAUUCGAGAGUUGUCCCUCCAUACUCUUCAUUAGAUACCCACCCAUUUUUAGCAGAUAGAAGAAUGCAAUUCGAUUACAAUUGUC